GGAGUUAAUGUGAUGAAUAAUCGCGGUUUUGUUCACAACAUCAUUGAAACAUACUAACGUUUUUGUCCAUAAUGAGCAAAUCUGUUGAUUUUAAUUGUGGUGUUGUACUACCAGCUAGCGGAACUGGUGAGCGAAUGGGCAUUUGUACACCGAAACAGUUUCGUGAUGUUUUAGGCAGACCUUUGAUCGUCUUCACGAUUUCAACAUUUCACAGGUUUCCAUGGAUCAAGUUCAUCAUUGUGACAGUGUCGGAGAGCUGCAAGGACACCAUGCUCCAGCUGGUGACAGACUACAACCUACACAAGGUCACUGUUGUUGCUGGGUCUACAACAAGGCACAGAUCUAUCUACAAUGGCAUCAAAGCAGUUCCAAGUGUAUGCAGUGCACCUGAUGUUGUCUUGAUUCAUGAUGCAGUGAGAAUAUUUGGUGAAGAAGAUCUCAUCCGAGACAUUGCCUUGGCUGCCAACAAACAUGGGGCAUCAGGAGUGACCCGUCCCCUCGUAUCCACGGUGAUUGCGUCCGAUUCUGAAGGGAUGUUGACAGAGUCCCUAGACAGAAAUCAGUACGCUGCGAGCGAGAUGCCACAGGGCUUUAAGUACCACGUCAUCAAACAGGCCUAUGAGAAGAGUACUGACUUUGAUUUUGACUACGGUACUGAGUGUCUUCUGCUGGCCAAGAAGUAUGCCGGGGUGAACGCGUGUAUCGUGCCAGGCAAGCCCUACUUAUGGAAGGUCACCCACAAGAAGGAUUUAUAUGCUGCAGAAGCCAUGUUGAAAGAGCAGUUUCUCCAAGUGUCCAUACUGUCCACAAGUGGCCAAGCCACGUUAGUGGACACCCUUGAGAGGGAGCUGUGCACUGCCCUGAGAUCCGAGCAGGUGAAAGUGACAUCAGAGAUAAUCCCCAAAUCCAACUCCCCCAGUGAACAUCCCAACACCUUCAUCCACAUCCACACCUCGCAGCCCAGUGACUGGUCAACUCUGAACCCUGCCACCCGUCCGUGUGGUGACCGCCUGUUGUUUGACCACUGCCACAUCCAUGUGUUUCUUCUGGACCCGACCCAGGUGUCCGCUCAGCAUCACCAACUGAGUGUCCACUUCAAACAACUAGCCAAGCAGCUGCAGGAUCAGCAUUUCAUAGUGUACGCUGUUCUAGCUCAGACAACAGAAAGCAGUGAAGCAGUGUCAGCAAUGGUAAAGCAUCUCGUCUUCCACAGAAGUACAUCCCUCGCAGGGCAAGUCUUCCUUGUGUGACAGGAGUUGUCUCCCUUCUCCAUAAUCAUUGCGUCUUCUCAUCCUCAUCUUGUUUCUGAUACUGUCAAAAACACGUACACUUUAUAUAACACAAACCUCGAUAUUCAUCUACCAUACUUUUGAAGAAAACUCUUAAGAAAUAUGUAAGCAGGUACUUUUCAGGAACUGAAUUUCAGGAAUAAUUUAUCUCUCAUACCUGACCUACAAUUGUUUGCUCAGUUUUAUUGUUAUAUAUUCAUAUCAAUGAUCGGCAUCAAGCACUAUUACCAAAACAAUAUCUUACUGACUGUUGUUCAUGAUUUCUGCUCAUGAAUAUUUUAUUUUGGCUUUUUUUUUCUCUUGCACAAGUAGGUUCGAGUCCAGACUAGUACAAGCAGAUACACACACACGUGCAUGCACGUCGCUAUAUAAGUGCAAUAAUCUUGGACGCGACGUGAAUCACCUUUCGCCUCACCUUGUGCACAUGUAAAGGUGCGCACCCAUGGCAGAUGUACCUAUACUGGUCAUGCAACAAUAUCUGUUUGGUUGGCUUUAUGAUAUAUCUGGUUGUAUUAUAAAACAUGAUCUCAAUCUUUGAAUUUAUAGACUGUUACAGUUUACCUGU